CAAAACAACAUGUUAAACUAUUUAGUAGUUUUAAUACUCUUAAUAAAUUCAACUUAUGGAGUUUAUUACAACCCUUUACAAGGGAACUAUAUACCACCCAGCUAUUUGCAACCGAUACCUUAUCGACAUUAUAAAUAUGAACCAGCAUUACCUCCACCACCACCUCCUAAUCCAUAUCGUGUAUGUGGAUUUUUGCAUGGUAUUUUUCAAAACUUUUGCAAUAUGGACGAAUUAAAACAACAACAAAAUCUAGGCUAUAAUUGGCAAUUUUAUGGUUAUGGUUAUUGUCCUCAGCCUCAAGAUAAUUCCACCAAUAUCUUUACACCAAUAUGUGCUACAUUUGAAAAUGAAAUACGAAAAUUUAACAACAUAUUGGCAUUGGAAUUGGAAAGGUAUAACUCGGGUAAAAGCUGGUCUAUUGUCCACUGUCCUAUUACCAACACCACUAUAUGUGCCUCUUAUUGCAAUGAGAAGCGUUUGUUUAGAGAUUUAAUUGCUUUAGAACUGGAUAGAUUUUUAACAGGAAAAGAUUGGAUUUUGGAAUCUUGCCCAGAUUUAACCACACCCAUAUGUCUCAAGGAUGAAAAAAAUACUCAAAGUAGUACGGGCAGUUCAACUACUCAGGAAUAUCAAUUAAGUUGGAUCAUAAUACCUUGUGGAAGUCAUUAUGAUACAACCACUACAGAAUCUACAACUACUGAUGAAAUAACAACAGAAUUAACAAGCACGGAUAAAACAACAACAGAUGAAACAACUAUUACGGAUAAAGCAGGAGCAGAAGCAACACCAACUGAUAAGACAACCACAGAAAUUGCAGCUACCGAUCCAACAACAACUGAUAAAACAACAACAGAAGAGUCAACUGCAGAUCCAGCAACCACAGAUAAAACAACAAAAGCUUCGAAUACAGAACCAACAACAAAAGAAGAAUUAUUAACUACAGAAGUAACAACAACUGAUAAGACAACAACAGAAGCUUCAACUACUGAACCAACAACCACGGAUAAAACAACAACAGAAGCUUCAAUUACGGAACCAAUAACGACUGAUAAAAUAAUAGAAACUUCAACCACAGAACCAACAACAACAGAAGCUUCAACUACUGAUCCAACAACCACUGAUAAAACUAAAACUGAGGUAUCAACUACAGUUCCAACAUCCACUGAUAAACCAACAACUAUAGAACCUACUUCUACUGAUAUAGAAUCAACAAAAAGCGAUAAAACAACAACAGAAGGAAAAACCACGGAUAUAGCAGGAGCAGAAGAAACACCAGUGAAAACUACUGCAGAAGCAACAGACAAUACUACACCAGAAUCGUCAACUACUGAUCCUACAGAACCUAUAACUACUGAUAAAAUACCAACUACAGAGCCUACAACCACUGAUAAAACAACAGAAGCUUCAACUACAGAACAUACAACCACUGAUAGAACAACAGAACCAUCAAAAGUCUUAAGUACAGAACCUGCAAGUGAUAAAACAACAAAUGAUUCAACUAGAGAACCUACAAACCCUGAUAAAACAACAGGCGCUUCAACUAUAGAACCAGCCACUACAGAUAAAACAAGUGAUCAUUCAACUACAGAACUUACAACCACUGAUAAAACAACAGAUGAUUCAAGUGCAGAACCUGCAAGCACUGAUAAAACAAUACAACCAUCAACUACGGAACCUACAACCACAGAUAACACAACAGCAGAGAUAUCAACUAUAGAACCAAUAACUACUGAUAAAUCAACAGAAGCUUCAACUACAGAACCUACAACAACUGAUAACACAACAGCAGAAGCAUCAACUACAGAAUCUACAACCACUGAUAAAACAACAGUUGAUUCAACUUCAGGACCUACAACCACUAGUAAAACAACAGAUGAUUCAACUACAGAACCUACAAACACUGAUAAAACAACAGAAGCUUCAACUACAGAACCUACAACAUUCGAUAAAACAGCAAAAUCUACAACCACUGAUAAACCAUCAGAUGCUUCAACUACAGAUUUAAUCAAUACUGAUAAAACAACAAUAGAAGCAUUACCAAUGGUUAUUACAACAACAAAGGUCAUAGAUAGAACAACAUCAGAACCAACAUCAACUGCUAAAACUACAGAAUCUUCGACUAAAGAACCAGUAACCACUGAUAAAACAACAACAGCGGCUGCAACUGUCAAGGAUGAAACAACAACUGAAGAUUUAAGUAAAACAACUAUAGAGGCUUCAACUACGGAAGCAACAACUACUGAUAAAACGACAACAGAACUAACAACCACUGAUAAAACAACAGAAGUUUUGACUACUGAAAAACCACCUACUGAUGAAUCAACAGAAGCUUCAACUACAGAAAAAACAACAAGAGAAGCUUCAACUGCAGAACCAACGACUACUAGCAAAACAACAGAAACUGCAACUUCAGUAUCAACAACCACUGAUGAAACAACAACUGAAUCUUCAACUAAAGAACCAACAACCACCGAUAAAACAACUACUGAGCCAACAACCACAGAUAAAACAACAGAAGCUUCGACUACAGAACCAACAACCACUGAUAAAACAACAACAGAAGCUGCGACUACAGAACCUACAACCACUGAUAAAUCAUCAGAUACUUCAACUACAGAUUUAAUCACUACUGAUAAAACAACAAUAGAAGCAUCUAGUACAGAACCAACAACGACUGAUACAACUACAGCAGAAGCAACAACUACGGAUAUAGCAGGAGCUGAAGCAACACCUAUGGAUAUUACAACAACAGAGGUCACUGACAGAACAACAUUAGAGCCAACAUCAACUGCUAAAACUACAGAACCAACAACUACUGAUAAAACAACAACAGCAGCUACAACUGUCAUAGAUGAAACGAUAACUGAAGAUUCAAGUACUACUGAUAAAACAACUAUAGAGACUUCAACUACUGAAGCAACAACUAUUGACAAAACGACAACAAAACUAACCACUACUGAUAAAACAACCGAAGCUUCGACUCCAAACACAACAACUUCUGAUGAAUCAACAGAAGCUUCAACUGCAGAAAAAACAACUACUGAUAAAACGACAACAGAACCAACAACCACAGAUAGCACACCUGAAGCUUCGACUACAGAACCAACAACCACUGAUAAAACAACAACAGAAGUUUCAACUUCUGAACCAACAACCACAGAUAAAACAACAGAAGGUUCGACUACAGAACCAACAACCACAGAUAGCACAACUGAUGCUUCGACUACAGAACCAACAACCACAGAUAAAACAACAGAAGCUUCGACUACAGAACCAACAACCACUGAUAAAACAACGACAGAAGUAUCAACUACUGAACCAACAACCACGGAUAAAACAACAACAGAAGUUUCAACUUCUGAACCAACAACCACAGAUAAAACAACAGAAGCUUCGACUACAGAACCAACAACCACUGAUAAAACAACGACAGAAGUAUCAAAUACUGAACCAACAACUACAGAUAAAACAACAGAAGGUUCGACUACAGAACCAACAGCCACAGAUAGCCCAACUGAUGCUUCGACUACAGAACCAACAACCACAGAUAAAACAACAGAAGCUUCGACUACAGAACAAACAACCACAGAUAAAACAACAGAAGCUUCGACUACAGAACCAACAACCACUGAUAAAACAACGACAGGAGUAUCAAAUACUGAACCAACAACCACAGAUAAAACAACAGAAGCUUCGACUACAGAACCAACAACCACUGAUAAAACAACGACAGAAGUAUCAACUACUGAACCAACAACCACGGAUAAAACAACAACAGAAGUUUCAACUUCUGAACCAACAACCACAGAUAAAACAACAGAAGCUUCGACUACAGAACCAACAACCACUGAUAAAACAACGACAGAAGUAUCAAAUACUGAACCAACAACUACAGAUAAAACAACAGAAGGUUCGACUACAGAACCAACAACCACAGAUAGAACAACUGAUGCUUCGACUACAGAACCAACAACCACAGAUAAAACAACAGAAGCUUCCACUACAGAACCAACAACCACAGAUAGCACAACUGAUGCUUCGACUACAGAGCCAACAACCAUAGAUAAAACAACUGAAGCUUCGACUACAGAACCAACAACCACUGAUAAAACAACAACAGAAGUAUCAACUACUGAACCAACAACUGCAGAUAAAACAACAGAAGGUUCGACUACAGAACCAACAACCACAGAUAGCACAACUGAUGCUUCGACUACAGAACCAACAACCACUGAUAAAACAACAACAGAAGUAUCAACUACUGAACCAACAACUGCAGAUAAAACAACAACAGAAGUUUCAACUACUGAACCAACAACCACAGAUAAAACAACAGAAGGUUCGACUACAGAACCAACAACCACAGAUAGCACAACUGAUGCUUCGACUACAGAACCAACAACCACUGAUAAAACAACGACAGAAGUAUCUACUGAACCAACAACCACGGAUAAGACAACAACAGAAGAUUCAACUACUGAACCAACAACCUCGGAUAAAACAACAACAGAAGUUUCAACUACUGAACCAACAACCACAGAUAGCACAACUGAUGCUUCGACUACAGAGCCAACAACCAUAGAUAAAACAACAGAAGCUUCGACUACAGAACCAACAACCACUGAUAAACCAACUACUGAACCAACAACUACAGAUAAAACAACAACAGAAGUUUCAACUACUGAACCCACAACCACAGAUAAAACAACAGAAGCUUCGACUACAGAACCAACAACCACAGAUAACACAACAGAAACUUCGACUACAGAACCAACAACUACUGAUAAAACAACGACAGAAGUAUCAACUACUGAACCAACAACCACGGAUAAAGCAACAACAGAAGAUUCAACUACUGAACCAACAACCACAGAUAAAACAACAAAAGCUUCGACUACAGAACCAACCACAGAAGUGUCAACUACAAAAUCGACAACUUCCGAUAAAACAACAACAGAAACUACUGCAACUAAUGAAACAACAACGGAAGAAUCUAUAGAAAUUACAACUUCUAUGUGUAAUCAUGAUUCUACAACUUCUAAAUGUAAUCAUGGCAUUUCCCAACCGAAACGUUCGCCGAUUUUAAUGCAAAUUAAUCGUAAUCAGUUGAAAAGCACAUACAAUGGAGCCUAUUUUGAGGGACCAUUCUUUUAUAAAUCUAAUAUAACAAUGACUAAUUAAUUUUCUUGCUUAUAUUUUAGUGGAUAAAAGAAGCUUAACUAUUUGAAUAGUGGGGCGAAACGAGAAGUUUUUUUAAAGACCCCUAAUGGGAAUUAUGGAAUGAUGUUAUUGAAAUGAACAAAGGAAAUGCGGUUAUUUGGUGUGACGUUUUUAUUUUUUUAAAUUUUUAUUUUUUUUAAAUUUUUAUGCUACUUUCUCACGUUUGAUUUAAGUUUAUUUUUAGAAAAGAACAGGUAUUUUUGUGAUAAUUAGAAAUUUGCAUUAAUUUGUAAAUAUGUA